AAUUCUCACAUAAUGUGCGAGGCCCGAUCCAACAAAUCUCCAACCCACUGAUGGAGCCGAUAAUCAUCGUCAGUUGAGUUCAUCAGUUGACUGAUUCUGCAACAAAGGAUAUCACGAAAUUGCGCAAUGGAAUGGCAGGCAAAAUCUAAACCAUGAUCUGAAACCCUAACUCGAUUCUUGUUGAAACAAAUAUCUACAAAAACCCUAGAAUACCAAGAAAGAGAGAAGAUGUCCAUGCACAGACAUGGCAAUUCACCCUCCGCAUCUCCUGAAGAAAACACUAUGUUCCUCGAUAUACUUCAUGAGGCUCCCUUAUGUGGUCAUCGGAAGCGCAGGAGUGUUGUUGGCGCUGUUGUCUACUGUUUUAUACUGGCGGGUUAUGCUGUUUUGGGUGCCAUUGCUCCCUUUGUAUUUCAUCACAGAUUGGUCCCCUCGUUGCUUUGUAGUUGCGAUGUUGCUCUUCUAAUAGUCACAGGCAUCUGCCAACAAUAUUUUGUUUCACAAGUCCAGAAAAUUCGCUUACAGGGUUAUUAUAGUUUCAGCCAGAAAUUGAAGCAUAUUGUUCGCUUACCAUUUGCCAUUACUGCCUAUGGAACUGCUGCAAUGUUGCUCGUCACAGUGUGGAAACCGCAAAUCAGCUUUCUUUCGAUCGCAGCAUUACUCAGGAUUAUUGUGUUGACUGAAGCAAUAUGUGCUGUAUCCUUUAUGAGCGUCUAUAUUGGUUAUUUGCACCAGUACAAUUCAUUAGAUUCUGAGCCUGAUAUAUUGAAGUCAUUAUAUUCUCCACUCCAACAAUCAAGUUCUUUAGAAGGCUUGAGAUAUCAUGAUGGUGGUCGACUUUCUGAUCAGCAAAUGGCUUUGCUUCAAUAUCAGCGUGAGAACCUUCAUUUUUUGAGUGAGGAGAUUCUUCGUCUGCAAGAGUGCCUAAGCAAAUAUGAGCGAACUAAUGAUGGGAGCACACCGCAGGUUGAUCUUGCGCACAUGCUAGCAGCUCGUGAACAGGAAUUACGGACACUUUCUGCUGAGAUGAAUCAACUGCAAACUGAGCUAAGGCUUGCUCUGUCUCUGAUAGCUGAGAGGGACUCUGAGAUACAGCGAGUUCGCACUACAAACAAUCAGUAUGUGGAAGAGAAUGAAAGACUGCGAGCUAUUUUGGGGGAAUGGAGCUCAAGAGCAGCCAAGCUUGAGCGAGCUUUGGAGGUUGAGCGUUUGUCAAAUCUUGAACUGCAAAGGAAGCUUUCAACAAGAAAUCAAUCAAAUGGGUCACCUGAAUAAAGCUAGCAGCGCAUAGCUUAGUUGCCCUGGAACUUUAACCAUAACUUGUCAUUUCUCGGCACUAUGGGCGUAGAUAUUGUUUGAAUGUAUAUAACGUUACCUUAAGGAAACUAGUCGAGGAAGCAAUUCUGGUUGCA